UGCCCAAAAUUUCAAGCCCGGAAUCUUCCACCUGCCACCGUUCCACUAGCUGUAAUUUUUGGAAUUUUUCCGCGAAAUACUCCAUCUGUGCUAUUUUUAUUCAGGAUGAAAUGGAAUUAUACUAAGAGCUCCACGGCAUUGGGUUUCUUUGGAGGAACAAUGGGUACCCUUUACCAGCUAAAAUCCUGUUUCAACCUACUGCUGCUAUGGCUACUGUUUGCCCUACACGCUGCCUACUCCAAGACUUUCAGCUAUGGCGAAUUCAACAAAUCAAGCAUAAUUCUGCUCAAGGAUGCUUCCAUACACUCUGAGCGGGUACUCACCCUAACCAACCAAACCCUGCGUUCAAUGGGUCGUGCUCUGUACCCCACUCAAAUCACAGUAAAAAGCAGUAAUAAUUCAAUGGUCUCCUUCAGUACCAGUUUUGUCUUGUCCAUUGGGGUUCCAACUGAGGGUUUAGCAGGGCAUGGAAUGGCCUUCAUCAUGGUUCCCAACAAAUCUGUAGUGGGCGUCGCAGGUGCCCAGUUCCUCGGACUUGCUACAUCUAAAACCAAUGGUCUCCAAUCCAACCAAUUUUUAGCAGUGGAAUUUGAUACAAAUUAUAACCCUGAACUUGGAGAUAUAAAUGACAACCAUGUUGGAGUUAAUCUGAAUGGCGUUACUUCCUUGGAAUCACAGCCAGCAGCCUAUUGGAUUGACACAGACCAUUUUCAGAAUUUAAGUCUGAAAAGUGGAAAGAAUUUUCAGGUCUGGAUUGAUUAUGACCAUGUUGAAGACCGGCUGAAUGUGACUAUUGCAGUAGUUGGGAUUGAGAAGCCUGUGAAACCAUUGAUAUCUGUUGCUAAGUUUAAUCUUUCUGCAGUGUUGAAGGAGGAGGUGUAUGUGGGGUUUUCUGCAGCUACAGGGUCUUAUGGAGUUGAAAAUCAUUACAUUCUUGGCUGGAGCUUCAGUUCAGAAGGCAAAGCACCGGCGCUGGAUCUCUCCGGGCUCCCUUCAUUCAGCAGAAAGAACCCCAUAACUAAAUCCAAAGGCUUUGAGGCAGCUAUGGCUGUAGCAUCUCUGGUUCUACUCCUGAUAGCAGUUUUCUUUGCAUUUCGUAAACUGAAAAACAUAAAAGACAAAGAAACGAUUGAAGAAUGGGAGUUAGAGUAUUGGCCUCACAGAAUUCCCUACGAAGAGCUAAAAACUGCCACACAGGGUUUCUGUGAUGAGCAGCUGCUGGGCCGCGGGGGUUUCGGAAGGGUUUAUAAGGGCGUUCUGCCCACAAGCGGCCUUGAAGUUGCAGUAAAAUGCAUAACAAAGGACUCUACUGAAGGAAUGAAGGAAUUUAUUUCAGAAAUCGCGACUGUGGGUCGUCUCCAGCACAGAAACCUUGUUCAAUUACGGGGCUGGUGCAGGAGAAGGGAACAGCUAUUCAUUGUUUACGACUACAUGCCAAAUGGAAGCCUGGACAAAUUGAUAUUCCCAAACCCAAAGACAAGCAGAGAAAUUCUGCCUUGGGCUCGAAGAUACGCGAUUAUGAAGGGCGUGGCUACAGGGCUUUUAUAUCUUCAUGAGCAAUGGGAUCGCAGGGUUGUUCACAGAGAUGUAAAAUCCAGCAAUGUGUUGCUCGAUUCAGAUCUCAAUGCAAAGCUGGGAGAUUUUGGGCUUGCUCGUUUGUACGACCACGCACAAAAUCCACAGACAACUCGGGUCGUGGGGACUGUUGGGUAUAUUGCUCCUGAGAUCACAAUUACAGGGAAAGUUACUCCAAGCUCCGAUGUAUUCAGUUUUGGGGUUGUUUUACUGGAAGUUGCAUGUGGUAGGAGGCCUGUAGAUCUGUCCAAGGAUAAUGAACAGAUUGUUUUGAUGGAUUGGGUGAGGGAUUUGUAUCAGAAUGGAAGCAUCUUGCACGCAGCCGAUCCAAAUCUUAAUGGUAUGUACGAUGUGGAAGAAAUGGAGAGAGUACUGAAAUUGGGGUUGCUUUGUACUCAUCCUCUGCCAGACAAAAGGCUUGACAUUAAAACAGUACUGCAAAUACUGGAAGGCCGAGCUCCUCUUCCAGUUCAUCAGAUUAAUUGGGCUUCUGACGAUACAAGUCACUAUGAUUAUGGGCAUGAUAUUGUUCAUGUUACAGAUGAGGGGGAAACUGAUGGUCUGUUGGCUUCCGCUCUUAAAUCAGUGGAAUCUGCAACUACUUCAACGAGCCAUAUCUAUGAAAAAGAUUCUGAUUAUGAUGUAAGCAGAUGAUUUUCUCAGGUACCUGUUGGCCUUGGCCUCAUGGAUUGAGACUGAAGUUCAGUGGAUAGACAUGAGCCAAGCAUGGCGGCAACCAGUUUUGGACUGAAUGGCAGGGAAAUAUUAAUUGUGGUUGUUGCAGUUAAUGCUUCUCGAGGGAGGUAGUUUUCUGUAUUAUUGAUUUGGCUUUUUAUAAAAUAAAAAAAUCUUUUAUACCUUAUAGCAAUAUGGGACUUAAAUUUUCUUGUGUCUUUUUAUUUGAUCCAAAUGUCUUUUUAAUAAUUUAUUAAAAAAUUGACUCCUCUUUCUGGAUAGACAUGAGCCAAGCAUGACGGCAACUAUUUUUGGCCUGAAUUGCAGGGAAAUAUUAAUUGUGGGUUUUGCAGUUAAUGCUUCUCGAGAGAGGUGGUUUUCUAUACUAUUGAUUUGGCUUUUGGCUUUUUU